GGGAGAAGAAGAAAAGGGCUACAAGCGGAAGAAACACCGGAUUUAGUUUCGGAUAGCUUUCGAUUUAUGGUCCUGGUUUAGUUUUGUUUUUUUAAAUACGUUUUGAAUUAUGUCGACCCCGGCAAGGAGACGGCUUAUGAGAGAUUUUAAAAGACUUCAAGAAGAUCCUCCCACCGGUGUGAGUGGAGCACCAUCAGAGAACAACAUCAUGCUUUGGAACGCUGUUAUUUUUGGGCCCGUGGGAACACCGUUUGAAGAUGGAACGUUUAAGCUUCUGAUAGAGUUUUCUGAGGAGUACCCAAACAAGCCUCCCACAGUUCGGUUUGUCUCCAGAAUGUUUCACCCAAAUGUUUACGCAGAUGGCAGUAUAUGUUUAGACAUCCUUCAGAACCGCUGGAGCCCCACAUACGAUGUGUCGUCCAUACUCACCUCCAUCCAGUCGUUGCUGGACGAGCCAAACCCCAACAGCCCGGCCAACAGUCAGGCCGCACAGCUCUAUCAGGAAAACAAGAGGGAGUACGAGAAGAGGGUGACGGCCAUCGUGGAGCAGAGCUGGGUGGACGUCUGAGCCUCUCUCGCUCUCUACUCCUUCCUCUCCAUCGCCCUCUCUUCAUCAUCCCAGUACUCCAGUCUUUCAUUUUUACCUCAUCGAGAAAAAACAGCAACUAUAUCAGAAGAACUCAAGUGCCACCCUGAAAAAAAAGUAAGAAUAAAACAACCAAACCAGAAUGGACAUUAACUUGCUUGCCAAUACAUUAGAGGAAAACCAGGGAGGGAAAAUCAAUCUUAUAUUUGUGUUUCUUGUCCUUAAUUUUACUUUUUUUUAUUGCAUGAUGUGAAAUAAGUUAUUGCUAACAGAAUUUGUAAUAUAUCUUUGUUGGAUUGAUGCUGUUAGUGUUUGAGUUUUAUGGAAUUUUUUCUUUCCUUUUGGAAAUUUUCCUCCUCUGUUUCUUUUUUUGUAAUGUCUGCUGGUGUGCACACAACUUGGCUGUUUGGAAAGGGCAGGUCGAUGACCAAAUCAGCGCACGUUUGAAUGUCGUGGAAGAAUAACAACCGAGAAAAAGCGACUUUCAGAGUCGGGCGUCGUCGUUAUUCUGCCACAGAUGCAGCUGAUAAAGAACAAUCACUGAUCUGUUCCAGCAUAUCUCUGUUAUUUCAAGAGACACCGUAGGUUUGGGCUCACAGACGUCACAGGCUGCAACAGCGCCAAGUCUCCCUUGCACUGAUGAAUCAUGACUCUCUGGCUGGGCAGCUCUGAGCUUUUAUUAUAAUCCUUUCUGCUCCAAGGUAGAAGAUGAUGUUGGAGAGAGAGUGCUAUGAGAAAGUAAAUAUUAGCACCAGGAUGGGACAGGAUGAACUUGGACUGUGGGAAUCCUGGCUGAACCAAGGAAAUACUGUAUUCAUUUCAAUCAGCGUUUAAUUUUCCUGAAGUCGGCCCAGAGAGUCAGUCCUUUCACCGUUCAUCCCUUGUUAAGUGGAUGUACAGCACAGGAGCCCCUGAGCUCAGGAAUCCAGCAGUGCUUGUACUUAAAGAUGAUCUUGAAUGAUGUAGCUGUGUCAUUUUCAUCAUGGUUCAUACACGGCUCAUGGGUGGACAGAGGCAGCAAGUAGAAACCUGUUAAGGUUUAAGCAACUAGAAUCCGUGUGAAGGCCGUAAAAAUAAGACUGCGGACGUGUUUAUUUCUUCAUCUACAUGUUCUCCUCUGUUCUAUUCUGCACGUCUUCUAUAAUACUCCUUUAUUAGUUGUCACAGUUCGUAAUUUGUCAGAAAACAAAAGAGCUGCGUUUAAAAGUGAAGUUGGAAUGGUUUUGCAACGUCAGUCGCAGCAGAGUAAAUCACUUCAUAAUGCUUUGUUGUCUGUGACGCGAGCGCGGAUGAAGUGUCAGUGCGUUUGAUCCUUUCUCUUAAAAUGACACAGCUGACGUAUAAAUUAACAAAUGAGCGGAGGACAAAAGCAGUGCAGUCCAGUGCAUUUUCUCUUUUUGUGCUAAAUGGGAGCAGUGGAAAGAGGAUCGGCUGCCGCAGGGGAGACGUCUGCAUGCAGUUUGGACCUUGUUUCAGCAGUGUGACAUCAGCUGUUUUCCCAAAGGCUUAAGUUGUUUUCAUGCCUGCGUUUGUCUCCUGUUUUAUUUCUAUGUGAUACCCCACUAAAAGAUCUGAGCAUAAGUCAUGACUUAACCCUGCCCAAAUCCAGCUAAAUAAUCCAUGGAAGACGGUCAUCAUAAAACAAGUUACUCUUUUCUGAGACAGCAAAGGUCAUAUUGUGGCUAGUGACUUAUUUCACCUAAAAAGCAGAAGGGAUAUGUUAUAAAAAUUUUGUGAAUUAAACAAAAAAAAUGUAUACUUAUAACAAUAUGCUGUAUAAACAUAAUAAAACACAUU